AUGUCUUGGAAUAACACAUCUCCCACUAACCAGAAGAAAUGCAAUUGUGGACUGCUCUUUGCUAGGUUGACAUCUUGGACCAGAGAGAACCCAGGAAGGAAAUUCAAGGCUUGCAAAUUCUAUGACCCUAACACUGAAACUAGAGGGUGCAAGUGUUUUGAAUGGAUUGACACUGAAGAUGGAACUGAGUGGCAAAGAGAUGUGAUCAACAAUCUUUUGCUUGACAAAAAAUUGAUGAAAGCUGAAGUGAACUAUCUGAAAAGGGAUGUUGAUGACUUAAGUGGGCAGAGAAGGUGUCUUCUUAAUGAGGUGGAUACAUUGAUAGUGAAAUGCAAGGCUUUAAGUGGAGAUAGGAAGAAGAUGCUCAAUGGCAGUGGCAAUCCUGAUAGCAAGCUAAUGAUUGUUGUAGUUGUUGUUUGGUCCUUAAUUUUAGUUUUAGGUUGUGUUGUAGUUAAUAAACUGGUUUAA